AUGCUUUGCGAUGAUUCUAUUGCCCGAAUUAAGGUUGUUGUUCCUUGGAGGCCUUCAUCUUGUGUUAAGAGAUUUGGGCAUUCUGUUAAAUUCUGCCCUCUGGGGAAGAAUCAAGAAUGGAGGGUAAAGCAAACAGUACAUGAAGCUAAACUAGAUGAUACUGUAAAUAAUAGUAUAGUUGAGGCUGAGAAGCAAAAUCCUAUAGUAGCUCCUGGUGGUAGCAUUCAGACUGAGCAGAUUGAUCCAUAUAAUUCUGAAGGUGUUGUUGAUACUUGUUUAGACAAGGCUCAAGCUGCUUCAAGGGAUGGAGCUAAAGAUGGCACUAAACAGAUCACUAAGGAGGGUCCUCUUGGUAGCAACCCCCCAUUGAAGCGUGUAAGAGGUAGGCCAGGUAAAACUACUAUGGGGGGCUCCAAGAAUAAAUUUGAGAUUCUGGCCUCCAUUAAUCCUGAACAUUUGCAGCCGGUUGAGGACUCGGGUAAGAAAUGUGCUAUUGGGGGUAUCACUUUUAUUCUUACUGCUGUUUAUGGUUUGAAUGAGGGAAAUGGUAGGAGGCAGUUAUGGAGUCAACUCAACUCUCUGGAAUGUAUUGUGGGAGAUCUUCCAUGGCUUAUAGGCGGUGACUUCAACAUCAUCUUGAAUGUCGAGGAAAGCUUGGUUUAUGUUAGUUCCUCGACUUUGGUUGACAGUUCUGAAUUUCGGAAUUGUGUGGAUAAUUUGGGGAUUUUUGAUCACCCCUACAAUCAGGAUACUUAUUUGGCUCGUAAGCUUGAUCGUGUCAUGAUAAACCCAAGGUGGAUCGUUGUUUUCCUAGAUUCUGCAGUGGAGUUUCAGGCCCCUGGGGACUCGGAUCACUGCCCUACCUUUGUGUGGCUCCACAAGGCAGCCCCUACUGCAAGGCUAAAACCGUUCAAAUUUUUCAACUUUUGGGCCUUGCACCCGGGGUUUUUAAACAUUGUGAGAGAUUCUUGGCAGCAACCAAUGGUUGGAAAUCCAGCUCAGGUUUUGUUCCAAAAAUUGAAGAGGUUGAAGUGCUCUCUCAAGGCUUUAAAUAAAGCUCAUUUCAAUGACAUUUCAAAUAAGGUGAAACAGAAGCGAGAGGAACUCCUUAGUAUUCAGCUUGCUAAUCUUCAAUGGGGUUCUGCUGGCAGCAGCAUUGAGAAUGAACUUCAAGUAGAAAGGGAGCUAAAAAAUCUUAAAAAGGCUGAGUUACUAUUUUACAAACAAAAAGCUAAAGCCAAUUGGAUCAAGGAGGGUGACCAAGGGACGAAAUUCUUUCACUCAGUAGUGGCUAGCAGAAGAAAGAGUAAUACAAUCAGAGUUCUCUAUGACCAAACGGGGAAUAGAUUGGACUCUUUUGAUGGUAUUUCGGCUGAGGUGAUUAAAUUUUUCCAGAAUCAGCUGGGUUUGGUAGAUGAUAAUGUCCUGGGCAUCACUGUUUCUACUAUUAGGGGUCUUCUUAAUUUCUCACUCCCUACAGGCGCUGACGGCGAACUGUGCAGAGAUUUUUCUGAUGCUGAAAUUAAAGAAGCCAUUUGGGGGCAAGGCAAUGAUAAAUCUCCUGGGCCCGAUGGCUUUAAUCCAUUCUUCUUCAAGAAAGCUUGGUCCAUAGUGGGUGUGGAUUUUGUUGCUGUUAUCAGGUAUUGCUUUGAUAUAUCUUUUAUUCUCCCUGCCUUUAAUGCCACUGCUGUAGUCUUGGUUCCUAAAGUGCCAAAUCCUAGCCUUGUCAAGGACUUCAGGCCUAUAUCAUGA